UUCACUGAUAUGAUAUAUGCAUGAUGGCUUUCCCAACUCUUCUUUUCUUUUCUACUAAGCUUCUCACAUUUAUGUGUUUUUUGAGCUUCUUUUUUCUAAGACUUCCCCUGAUCUCAUCUGCCUCCAAGCUUCAAGGGAAUGAGACGGAUAUUAUUUCUCUUCUUGAAUUCAAGAAAACGAUCAAAGAUGAUCCAUUUGGUGUUGUGACCUACUUGUGGAAUGAAACCAUUCAUUUUUGUGAAUGGCCUGGUGUUUCUUGCGGUCGCCGCCACCAAAGAGUUACAUCCAUAAACCUCAGCUCCCUGAAGUUGGUGGGAUUAGUGCCUAUGCACAUUGGGAACCUAAGUUUUCUUCGAAAUUUGGACCUCCGAAACAAUAGCUUCUCAGGUGAAAUCCCACAACAAAUGGGUCAUUUGCAUAGACUGCAAAUUUUGCGUUUGAACAAUAACUCUCUCAGUGGGUUUAUUCCUUCAAACAUUUCUGCUUGCAAAAACUUGAAAGUUGUAGAUUUCUCAUACAACGACCUUGAAGGCAACAUUCCCGAAGAGCUUGGUGCACUAACUAAUCUCCAAAUCAUUAGUUUUUGGCACAACAACCUUAUUGGUAAAAUCCCUCAUUCACUUGGAAAUCUUUCUUUGCUUUAUGGUUUUGUUGUCUCCUUCAACAACUUGUCAAGAGAAAUACCGGAUUCUCUAUGUAGAUUACCAAGACUACAAUACUUUAGUGUUGGUCAAAAUUAUUUGACUGGUACCAUACCCUCUUCUCUAUUCAAUCAAUCAUCCUUGGUGCUUGUGGAUGUAGGGAUCAAUUCCAUAGAAGGGACUUUGCCAUCCAACCUCUUCAUCACUCUUCCUCGCCUUUCCACUUUUAGAAUAAGUGACAACAAUUUCUCGGGAAAUAUUCCUUACUCAUUAUCAAAUGCUACAAAUCUUCAAUACUUUGCCAUUGGUCUUAAUGGACUAAUAGGAAAAGUACCUGACCUUGGAAACUUGCAUCAACUUCAGAGGUUUAUAGUUUCAUUUAAUUAUCUUGGGGAAAGCAAGGGUGAUGACCUCAACUUUCUUUCUUCAUUAGUCAAUUCCACCAACUUAGAGACUUUGGGGCUUGGUCCAAAUAAUUUUGGAGGUUUAUUGCCUGAAUCCAUUAGUAACCUAUCAAAAAGCCUUAUAAGAUUUAGCCUUGCAAGCAAUCAAGUUGUUGGAAACAUCCCAAAGGGGAUUUCUAAUCUCAUCAACUUGCAAGGUAUAUAUUUGGCUUACAACAAAUUCAGUGGGGAGAUCCCAAAUGAGAUUGGGUUUCUUACUAAUCUACAAGCCUUGUCGUUAUUUGGAAACAGUUUCUCAGGGGAAAUUCCGUCUUCAAUUGGGAAUUUAACUCUCUUAAACGAACUCGAUUUAGGAGAAAACUAUCUCCAAGAAUCUAUUCCUACAAGUCUCGGAAAAUGCAUGAAUUUGUUGCUUCUGGAUCUUAGUUGGAACAACCUUAGUGGUUACAUCCCAAAGGAAGUUUUUCAACUUUCAUCAAUAUCAUUGAGAAUGGAUCUCUCUCACAACCAAUUCAUUGGUUCCAUUCAAAAAGAUGUUGGAGAAUUGAUAAAUCUAGGUUACUUGGAUCUGUCCUACAAUUCAUUGUCUAGCCAUAUUCCCAUGGAGCUUGGUAGUUGUGUGUACUUGGAAAUGCUGAAUCUAACAAACAACAACCUUCAAGGGACUAUUCCAUCAACUAUGGCAAAUUUGAAGGGGCUUCAAUUCUUAGAACUUUCUCACAACAAUUUGACCGGUGAAUUCCCCACUUUUUUGAAGGACUUCAAAUUCUUAAGAAAUUUGAAUCUUUCAUACAAUGAUUUUGAUGGUGCAGUCCCAACCAUAGGAAUCUUCAAUGACACAGGCUCCUUUUCAAUCACCGGAAAUAGAAAGCUCUGUGGGGGUAUACUAGAGCUCAACCUCCAUGAAUGUGGUGCUACAAAGUCCAAAAAAAGGAAAUCAAAAGCUUAUUUGAAAAUAGUAAUUCCUUUGAUUUUUGGGAUUCUUGGGCUGAGUUUGGCAGUGUUUCUUCUUUACCUUAAACGGUUAAGAAGCCAAAGAAACAAACCCGCCAUUCCAGAUUUGCUAGACUACUCUACCUUAAGGGUGUCUUAUCAGACUCUCCUCAAGUCCACUAAUGGAUUCUCUUCAGAAAAUUUACUAGGAGUUGGCGGUUUCGGAACUGUAUAUAAAGGAUCUUUUGAUCAUGAUGGAACUAUAUUUGUAGUCAAGGUACUUGAUCUUUUGCACCAUGGAGCUUCUCGAAGUUUUAUAGCUGAGUGUGAGGUGUUGAAAAACAUCAGACACCGCAAUCUUGUCAAGCUUCUAACCGCGUGUUCAGGGGUUGAUCUUCAAGGAAAUGAUUUCAAGGCUUUGAUUUACAAAUACAUGGAUAAUGGGAACCUUGAAAGCUGGUUGCAUUUUAGUUCACAAGUGAAUUCUGGAAGUGAAUUAUUGGAAGAUAAUAGGAGGUUAAGUUUUGUUCAAAGGAUAAACAUUCUCAUUGAUGUGGCUUGCGCUUUAGAUUAUCUUCAUAAUGAUUGCGAAUCUGCAAUAAUUCACUGUGAUCUCAAGCCAAGCAAUGUUCUCCUUGACGAAAACAUGACUGCACAAAUUAGUGAUUUUGGAUUAGCAAGAUUUGUACAACAAAGGGUUCAAAGCUCUUCAGAAAACAAUACUUCUAUAGGAGUACGAGGGACUAUAGGUUAUACUCCACCAGAAUAUGGUAUUGGGACUAAGCCAUCAAAAUCAGGUGAUGUAUACAGCUUUGGCAUACUAAUCUUGGAAAUGCUCACUGGGAGGAGGCCCACAGAUGAAUUAUUCAAAGAUGGCUUGAACCUUCAUACCUACGCUAAGGUUGCUUUAGCAAACAGAGAGAUGGAGAUUGCAGAUCCACUAAUUCUUCAAGAAAAAGACGAACAAAUUAAAAUCAAGAACAAAGGCAAAUCACUUUGGAAGAAUGAUAACUUUCAGGUGUGCUUUGUUUCUGUGAUCAAAAUUGGGAUUGCUUGUUCUACAGAAUCUCCAGCCGACAGAAUGAAUAUUCGUGAUGUUCUUAGUGAAUUAAAUAAAUCAAGAAAAUCCUUCUUGCAGUAAGCUUAUUCCAGUUUUUUUUUUUU